AAUUGGAUAUCCCUCAAUCAUGAACAAAGUCGCAUUGUUUGUAGCCCGAUACUGUUGGCAGACAUGGAGGCUCUAACCCCUGGCGAUAUUGGGCUGAUCCAGCUCUGGCCCAAAUCCGAUGUCGCCGUCCAGACCAUCCUUGAUAUAGUCGCCAUCCACGGACUUGGUGGCCACCCAAUAAAGACCUGGAGAAGCGGUAAAAGUGUCUGGCUUCGUGACUUUCUUCCCUCCACCAUCCCGGAAGCUCGCAUAUUCACCUUCGGCUAUUCAUCCAAGACUACCUUUGCCAAGACUGUCUCUGAGAUCGGUGAUUUUGCAAGAGAACUACUAGAGCGUCUUCUCAGUGUACGAAGAAACGUCCCCGACCACUCGCGAGUUCUUAAAGAUAUCGAGGACCAGUUUCUCCAAAGAACCGUCGGUCUCCGAAUUUUUACUUUCUACGAAAGAGUCAAGACGAAGCACAUCAAGUCUCUGGUUGUUGAGUCAGAUUCUGCUAUCCUCCGACUUCCAAACGAAGUUCCUCUGCCCUUAGAGGCUGAUCAUCGGAACAUAUGCAAGUUUCUAACAUCGAGUGAUCCUGGAUACACGCUGGUUUUAAGCUGCCUGGAAGAGCUGGUUGAUCAGUGUGCAUCUGAACAAUCCGCCCCACAGAACUCGUCGCCAGUGAAUUAUACGAAACUUCUCCAAGAACUGAAUCCGAGCAAUGGAGCUUUUGACCCUGUGAUGAAGUAUCAUGCUACCCCUGAUGCCGCCCCAGGGACUUGUGAUUGGAUCAAGCAGGAUACUACAUUCCUCAACUGGUUUGAUGCUCGCACAAGCUCUUGGCUUUGGGUUCAUGGUUCUCCAGGCUCAGGCAAGUCUGUUCUAGUCAAAUAUGUCAUCGACCUCUUGCGGCAACGACCGGAAAAAGAACAAGCCACUAAUGUUUCGGAUGUUGUUUCCUACAUAUUCUGUGAUGGGAAAGUGACUCUAGAUGAGACUGCUGCUUGUCUUGUUUUGAGAUCUACCCUGUCCCAGAUUCUCCAGGCACAAUCGGGUCUUAUUAAACAUUUGGGAAACAAGAUGGACAAUGCUGAUAUUGUCAAAUUAACCAGUCAGGAAUUGACAUCAAAUAUAUCCGACGUUAUGCUGUGGGCAAGCAACACUCGGUUUUGGUUAAUCGUUGAUGCCGUCGACGAGCUUCCCGCAACCGCAGCAGAGGAUUUGCUGAAUUCCAUCUGGAAAAUAUCUGUCAAUGAUAUUAGCAGACGCAUACAUAUUCUGAUUUCUAACCGAUCAGGUAUUGCCUCACAGUUUGCCCAUAUCGCAAACUCUUUAUGUCUCGACUCAGAGAAGAUGCAUGAGAUUGUGCAACAUUAUAUUGAACAAAAAGUCACGCAGUUCGGGCAAGAACAUUCUAUCCCUCCACAUGUGUUGCCUGAAAUACAAGCAGGUAUAACAGCCCGGUCUAACACCAACUUUCUCAUCGCCUCUCUGAGUUGGACUGCCUUCUAUGAGGGUGUAUCACUUUGGAGCCCAUCUACGGUGAAGGCCAGGCUACUGGAACUCGAUGAACUCGAAUUCAACCUCGGACACCUCUACGCAAGUCUUCUUGCCAACGUACCCAAAGAUUUCCGGCCAGUUCUGAAGAAAAUAUUCAUGCUUCUCACUGUUGCUCGAAGGCCACUAUCUAUCAACGACAUUCAGUUUGCUGUCUCCAUCAGUGAAGAACAUCGGUCUUACGAACAGGUCCAGAGCAACUUUAGUUUCAAUUUCGAGAAAGUGCUACGAAGAUUCAGCACGCCUUUCUUAUCGGUUGAUUCAGUAGGCUCAGUGCAGUUCCGGCAUCAUUCUUUCCGAGAGUUUUUGACGCAGAAAAGGAUGGAUACCAUGGAUGAAGAGCUUAUAAGGCAAUUUCGCUCCUCAAUCCUGGGCUGCGAGUAUUUUGCGAAUUGGGUUUGCUUCAAAGUUCUCACCUUCAUGGACUGGAAGAAACACAGCGGUGAGAUCGUAGUUUUCAAACGAGACCAGAAAAGCGCAAAUCUUCACCAGGACAGCCAAUUUCUCUCCGCUAAUAUACCACAACUGCCUCUGUUGCUAUACGCUAUUGAAAAUUUUAACAGCCAUUUAGAAAAGGUCCAAGAUGAGCCUGAAGUUAUUCAGUCCGCGGCCGGUUUCUUUACGGAAGAAAAUCUGAAAAUUUUCUACCAACUCUAUUCAAAACUCGAUCUUGAAUUUCGUAACCAUGGACUUCGUCUGCAACCGGACCUAGAGAUCAACUGCCCUCCAAUGCAUCUCCUAGUCCAGUUAGGAGAUUUCCUAGAAAUAUUCAAGGCUUUUGAUGGAGACUUGAAUAAGAUCGAUGGAUCAGGGUACACUCCGCUAGCCUGGGCGGUCAGAAAAAGUCGAUCUCAGCUCAUGAAGUUCCUACUUCUCAAUCACAGAGUCGAUCCAAAUAUUGGCCUCGCCGAUAGGAGCAAGCCACUCCACCUCUCAAUCGAAGAUGAGAAGGCGUUUCUACUACUCAUAUCGUCCCUAAAGGUAGACAUCAACUGCAAAGGGAUGAGAGACCGUACCGUACUGCACAGUAUCAUUUCUCACGGCCAACCACUUGUGCAUCUACUCCCGCCCCUGCUGGAAAGGGCAGACCUUGAUGUAAAUGCUCUGGAUGCGGAUGGGGUAUCACCUUUGAUAUAUGCCCUUGGCAGAGGUGAUGGGUAUCAGGCUGCAAUGCAGCUUCUGAACCGUAGCCUAGGAGGGAAGCUUGAUGUGUCUGCGACUGACAGCAAUGGAACAAACGCUCUAGCCCUCGCCAGUCUUCAGGGCUGGACGGAGGUGCGCAAAAUUUUAGUCUCCAGAGAUCGGUCCCAGAUGUUCACUCUUGGCCAAGAUGGAAUGAACAUGCUUACUAGAGCGGCGUACUUCGGAAAUCAGCAAGAACUGAAGGAAUUGCUUUCGUCUGUACCUCGGGCCGAUGUUGUACGCCUCAGUAACGAAGGCCGAUUCAACCUGAUGAACCUUUGUGCACAACAAGACUGGGCUGAUAUGCUUGAGCACCUUCGAAUCAAUUUUGGACUAGAAAGCCAGGAACAGGAUACGCGAGGACGGACGGUCCUGCACUGGGCGGCGUUCUCGGGUUGGAGCUACGCUGAGUCGAACCUUUCCAAAGUUCAACGGGGUUUGAUUAACGUGCAAGAUUUCGACGGCAGUACCCCUUUGCAUCUAGCAGCUGAACAUCGAAACUUACGGGCAGUCGAAUUCUUGCUCAAGGAGGGAGCCAACAUUCUCAUCCGCGACAAAUAUGGGCGAACUCCAGUGCACGUUGCUGCCAACUCGGAAAUUGGAAGCGCCCUUCCCAGUACAGAGGAAGAGGCGAUACUCGCCCCCAAGAAGGAGUCAAUCUCCUUCAUCGUUGACUUCUCCUAUGGCGGCUUGGGCCAUAUGUCUUCCCCGGAGGGAUACGGAGGAGAGACCUAG